GAUCUAAUCACCGAAAAAACAAAAACAAAAACAAAAACAAAAGCGAAAAAAUCGAUCUUUCUUUAGUUAUUACACUUCCGAUCUUCAGUUGCUCCUACGGUCACUUCCAUCGAUCCCUUCAAUUCACCAAUGUCUACUCCAGGAGAAUACUACCGCUCGCUGCCGCCGGUGAGCAAGACUUAUGGAGUAGCAUGCCUGAUGACAACGGCAGCCCUCUAUCUGGGCCUUUACAAUCAUUGGACUAUAGCUCUCGAAUAUGAACUUGUGUUCAAACGUUUCCAAGUUUGGAGGCUCAUCACCAACUUCUUCUUUCUUGGGCCAUUCUCUUUCUCGUUUGCCUUUCGGCUUAUUAUAAUAGCAAAAUAUGGAGUUUCACUAGAGAGGGGUCCAUUUGACAAGAGGACAGCUGACUACGUUUGGAUGUUCAUCUUCGGAGCACUCUCACUUCUAGUAAUGGCAGCUAUUCCUCCUCUGUAUAUUCCUUUCAUGGGACCUUCCUUAGUCUUCAUGAUCGUCUACAUAUGGGGCCGCGAAUUCCCAAAUGCCCGAAUCAGCAUUUAUGGUGUCGUUUCAUUGAAGGGAUUCUAUCUCCCAUGGGCACUGCUAGCACUAAACCUGAUUUUUGGAAACCCGUUAAUGCCCGAUAUUCUGGGGAUGCUUGCUGGUCAUUUGUACUACUUCCUAACAGUACUCCACCCUCUUGCCGGCGGAAGGAACCUCUUGAAGACACCUCGCUGGGUUCACAAAGUAGUAGCGUACUGGGGUGAAGGGUUUCAAGUGAAUGCACCGGUACCGAGUGACCCUUCUGCUGGAAUUGCCUUCCGCGGACGAAGCCACCGUCUUGGUGGAAUGGCAACCCAAGGAAGCAGCCCUGAGCAAGCGCAGACAAGGGAUCAAGGGCCGGUGCAGCAGCCUAUGCCGGCGGCUGAAGGAGUUGCUUUCCGCGGAAGAAGUUAUCGCCUUGGCGGUCGCUAGCUGCUUUCUUCUGAUGAUGAUCUCUGGAUAGCCUGGCCCUACUAUGAUUGGAUCUUCUUUGUUUGUGUAGGCAGAAAAAUAAUUUGUGCAAGCAUUACAGAGUUUUUAACACUUCCAACUUAUAACUAGCAUGAGGUACAUGCUGGAUUUUAUAAUGUUUUCAUUACUGAUUUACGUAGACCAUCUUUCAGUUGAAAGCAAAGCCAAUACAAGAAGCAGUUCUAGAAA